AUGGACAACCUCUUCAACCUCACCAUGACUUACCGGAGAGACUCGGACGUCUACAUUCCUUACGGGUGGAUGGAAGUCCUCCCUCAGCCUCAAAAUUUCACUAUUCCACCCAAGUCUAAGCUGGUGGCCUGGGUGGUGAGCAGCUGGAAGUCAGGCUCUGUUCGGGUAAAAUACUACAAGGAACUGAAGAAGUAUAUCCCAGUGGACGUCUACGGACGCCAUCACUCACCUCUCCCUUGGGUUAAACAACUGUCCAUGUUGUCCCAAUAUAAAUUCUACCUGGCCUUUGAGAACUCCAUACAUGAGGACUACAUCACGGAGAAGAUCUGGAGGAAUGCCUUCCUCACUUGGGCCGUGCCUGUCGUUCUUGGGCCACCCAGAAAGAAUUACGAACGUUAUAUGCCCUCGGACUCAUUCAUUCACGUCAAUGACUUCCCAUCUGCCCAAGAAUUGGCCAUGUUCUUGCAUGAAUUGGACAGGAACACAACACGAUAUCAGAGUUACUUCCAUUGGCACUCGUGGCUGAAGCCCAUUCAAGGCUUCUGGUGGAGCUUCAGCUUCUGCAAAGUUUGUCAGGUCUUACAGAAGAAACCAGUUCAAUUCCAGACCAUUCCAGAACUGAGCAAGUGGUUCAAGGACGGGAGAAACCUCACUGCAUGAGACAGUGAACUACCUUUCUUUGUCCAGCCAGGCCUGUCUGUGACUGAUCCUCUGGUAAGAUCAUGGUGUCCCAAAGAUGGAACUAGAUCUGGAACACAGAAGACAACACAAGGGAGUGUUCAGAAGCACGGUUGUGUUUCUUUGUUUUUGUUAAGAAAUUGCCAAGCAGAGGUCUUUGUGUCCAUAGCUGUUAAAGUUUGGCUCUGAACCGCUUUGUCUUGUUAAGAAUAUUAAGUUUUGAA